CUCAACCAUCUCCCCCUCUCGUACUGCUCUCAGCCUGCCGUUUCCGAAGCCUUUUCUAGCUCAACGCCGCCGCCGCCUCCAGAUCCAUCGCCGCCUCUAUGCCGUCGUCGCCUCAAGAUCCGUCGCCGCCGUCGCGUCCUCGUUGAUUCAACGCCGCUGCCGCCUCCAAGUGGGAAAGAUACUUCAAAAUUUCCGUCAGUACAACUUUUUAACAACAGUAAAUCAACAGUAAAGACUUUGGAUUGUCCUCGCCUACCAUGCCUCAAGGAGAUUACAUAGACCUUCACAGGAAGAGGCAUGGCUAUCGCCAUGACCACUUCGAGCGCAAGCGCAAGAAGGAGGCUCGCGAAGUUCACAAGCGAUCCCAAAUUGCUCAGAAGGCUCUUGGUAUCAAGGGAAAGAUGUUUGCUAAGAAACGCUAUGCUGAAAAGGCCCAAAUGAAGAAGACGUUGGCUAUGCAUGAAGAAUCAUCAACCAGGCGAAAAGUGGAUGAUAAUGUUCAUGAAGGAGCUGUUCCUGCUUAUCUACUUGAUCGUGAAACAACUACAAGAGCAAAGGUUCUCAGCAAUACUGUAAAGCAAAAGAGAAAAGAGAAAGCUGGGAAAUGGGACGUUCCUCUACCAAAGGUCAGGCCUGUGGCAGAAGACGAAAUGUUUAGAGUGAUCAGAACCGGUAAACGAAAAACCAAGCAGUGGAAGAGGAUGGUCACCAAAGUCACAUUUGUAGGACCUGGUUUUACAAGGAAGCCUCCAAAGUAUGAGCGUUUCAUCCGCCCUACAGGAUUGCGUUUCACUAAAGCCCAUGUGACACAUCCUGAAUUGAAAUGCACUUUCAAUCUUGAGAUCAUCGGAGUGAAGAAAAAUCCAAACGGGCAAAUGUACACCUCCCUUGGGGUUGUGACUAAAGGAACCAUUAUUGAGGUGAAUGUAAGUGAACUAGGUCUCGUCACACCAGCCGGAAAAGUGGUGUGGGGGAAGUACGCCCAAGUGACAAAUAAUCCAGAAAAUGAUGGUUGCAUAAAUGCCGUUCUCCUCGUCUAGAAAGGGUAGCAAAAACAGAUGGCACAUCUCAAUUUUGGCCCUGCAUCAAUGGAUUACAUUUUGUAUGAACAAGCCUAUUUAUUUAGAUACCUAAGUACGCAUUCAUGGGUUUAGGUUCUUUAUUCAAGAGGAUGUCUCGCAGCCACUUCUCAAACUCAACGCCAGGCCGAGCAGGCCCGUAAUUUUUGAAUGUCUCUUAACAUAUAACCAAAAGACAAAAACAGCAGGGAGUAUUAUAUUGGGAGAUUUUUUGUUACAUACAUGUGUGUGUGGGUAUGUCAUGUGAUAGACUGGUCUUUGCUUCUGUCAUUUGUUUCUUUUUUCAAUCAAGAUACAUAUGGUGGCCGGCGAUGGUCGACCACUGCCACCUUCAGGGAUCAUUAAUCUAAUUACCAUCUCAUUUCAAUACCAA